AUAACUCUACACUGAUAAUUUAGUUAUCUCAUUUCACGACACAAAACAACAGUGUAAUCAGUUACAUUGAUAAGAAUAUUUUUAUCAUAUUGAAGUACAGAUGAUACUUAAGAGCAAAGGUAUUUUUGUUAUUGGCGCGAAAAGGACGCCAUUUUGUAAAUAUGGUGGAUCCCUACGAGAGUUGCCAGCGUCGCAUGCAUUUGCCGCAGCUGCAAAAGAUGCCAUACAGUCAUCGAGAGUAGAUCCAAACUUAAUUGAUUGCACGAUCGUUGGAAAUAUCAAUUUUCUAAGCCAAUGUGAUGGAGGAAAGACUCCUAGAUACUGCGGCAUCUACUCUGGUGUUCCCAUUGAGAAACCGGCACUUGGUGUUAACAGAACAUGCGCGACGGGCAUUCAAGCCUUGAUAAGUGGUGGAAUGGAAAUAUUAACAAAUUCAGCAAAUCUGUGCCUCACGGGUGGCUCAGAUAUAAUGUCAUCUCUACCGAUGUUAGUACGAAAUGUUAGAUUCGGAACAAGUCUUGGUACACCGUAUCUAAUGGAGGAUCACAUCAAAACACCGUUUCUUGAUACAUACACAGGCACAACACUACAAAAAACAGCGGAAAAUAUAGCAAAACUCUAUGGUAUAACUAGAAAAGACGUUGAUGAGUUUACUUUAAAAAGCCAUUUAAAGUGGAAAAAAGCUGAAGAAUCAAAUACUUUCGAAGAUGAGAUAACAAAACUAAAAACUGUGAGAAAUAAGAAGGAACAUGACGUCAUUAAAGACGAAUUAACAAACCCAGAAAUUAAACUUGAAGACUUGACCGCAUCACCCUCUGUCAGUGAAGAUUCUAUUGUAACUUUCAACAAUUCUGCUGCCCCAGCAGACGGUGCAGCAUCUAUAUUGCUAGCUAGUGAAGAAAUUGUUAAAAUGUAUAAUUUAAAUCCUAUGGCGCGGAUAACUGGCUGGUCGUGUGUUGGAAGUGAUCCGUACGAAGGCCUUGGAGUAGUUGCGGCAAUUAAAAAGUUAACAAAAACAGUAGAUUUUAGGAUGCAUGAUAUUGAUUUAUUUGAGAUAAAUGAAACAUUUGCAUCACAAUCCCUUGCUGUCAUAAAGGAACUCGAUUUAGAUGAGACCAAAGUAAACGUAAAUGGCGGUGCGCUCGCUAUGGGACAUCCUGUAUCAGCCACUGGAGCAAGAAUGAUCACUCAUAUUGUACAUCAAUUGAGAUUACACAACUUAAGGACAGCUAUAGCCGCUUCAUCGUGUGGUGGAGGACAAGGUGUUGCAGUAAUGUUAGAAACAAUUUAAAUGUGGACCAUAACUUAUCAAAUAAUGGCCAACGAGCCUUCUAGCAGUCUGUGUCUAUCACUUAACAUCAGAUGAGCCUCCUUCCUGCCCAUGCACUUAACAACAUCUGUUCAAUAAAAUAAAUGCAAAUGGAAAUGAUACAAUAUACAAGACAAGAAUCAUCUUUAUUUAUAAUUUAAAUAAGCUAAGAGACAUUUUAAAUAUAAAUGUAAAAACUUAACAUAACUAAGAAUUAAAUAAUGUUUACCAUACUCAAACCUAACCUUAACUUGAGUUGAUACUGGUAGGUCACACUGAAUCAAACACAAAAUCUCAAUUUAGAAUAUUAACAAUAAUUAAGAAGGUAUUAAAUUUGAUAGUAGCACUUUUACAAUUGUAAUAAGAGUAUACAUACUAGUAUGGUUAUAACAGCUUGUAUACUGUAUGUUCAAUUAUACAAUGGCAAGUGAUAAAACAGCUCUGUCCAUAUUGCUGGACAAAACAAAAGCAAAAACUAUUUUUGAUUAUGCAUACAAUCAGAACAAAAAUUUAGUCAAAUAUGUAUUUUACUUUAUUUUUAAUUGAUGACAUGGUGACCCUUUACACCAAUCAAUUAUUAUUGAAAGCAUGGUAAGACUGUACCAUUCAGCAACAAAUUGCUUAAAGCUAAAAGUCAGUAAUAACUCAAAAUCACAAAAAACUCUCCUCAUAUAUUUCAAGGGGAUUUCUAGAAAUUAAGACUAUGCAGUCAUACAAUUUAAAUUAAUUGGAGAGCUUACAACUUGUAAAUUAAAUUAGAAAUUCUUUAAUUAAGCUAAGUUUCAAUAAAAUCAAAGAUUUAAAUUACUUCGGUGAAAUAAAUUGUGUAAGUUUCAGCACUA